AGCGGAUGUCUCGCCUCCUCGUGAAUAAACAAAAGCUUUGAGAGAGUAUCCCAGCAUCGCCCGGCUGUCUCCCGGGGAAACAUUCCGGGUAAACAAGAGCCAAUCUCUCCGCGCACCCGGGCGACAGCAGCAGCAGCUCGCGUGUUGUGAUUGCUGAAACUGGCGCGCGCGACACGUCCAUCCACUUUAGAGCAAGACAGGGAGGUUUGCUAAAAAGAAAAUCCCUUACUUUGAGGCAGCAGUUUAAGUCAAGUGGCUAAAUAGGUAAAAAUGGACUUUACAGUGGCUUAAAAUAUAUUUGUGUUUGACUGACGAGUUCAAGGACUAAGUGAUGGAUAGGAAAGUAAACUCGCGGCGCGCUACUUCAGCUGGGUACCGUUUACCGGAUCGACCGAAUGGUCCUCUCGCUUCUCAGUCCUCGGUCUCAGUGUUCAAGCAUUCAGCGGUCAGGACACGAAACACCGGUGACAAACCGGCGCAGGACGAUGAUACCCGAGAUCCGGUAAAGCAGGACCAGGUUUGGAGAGAGUUUGUGCUCGCAGAGCGAACCGGUGUGAAAGAAUGGGAGAAGAACUGGAGUUUCCUGAUGAACUUUGACCAACUGGGUCAUCCACGUACAGAAGCUCCUCUUCCCAGCUCUGUGUCUUUAUACUCAGACAGAGUCCCAAACACCACUAACCAAAUGUUCGGCAGCGGCCUGUAUACUGAGUUAGGCAAAGAGCUGAUUCGCCUGGACAAUCUGCUAACCCUGACAGCGAACCACCGCAAGGCCAAAAGGAAUCCAGAGAUGCAACCCUGCUGAGGUUCACCAGGCACAGGAUGUGUUCAAAACACCCUCUAGUGUAGUAGCUGAGAUUAGUCUCUAUAUCUUCCCUUGGGUUGUUCUGUUUGUCUUACCUUUACCUAUAUACUUAGACAAACUUAAAGGGUUAGUUCACCCAAAUAUUAAAAUUAUGUCAUUAAUGACUCACCCUCAUGUCAUUCCAAACCCGUAAGACCUCCGUUCAUCUUCAGAAACACAGUUUAAGAUAUUUUAGAUUUAGUCCGAGAGCUUUCUGUCCCUCCAUUGAAACUGUGUGUACGGUAUACUGUCCAUGUCCAGAAAGGUAAGAAAAACAUCAUCAAAGUAAUCCAUGUGACAUCAGAGGGUCAGUUCGAAUUUUUUGAAGCAUCGAAAAUACAUUUUAGUCCAAAAAUAGCAAAAACUACGACUUUAUUAGGCAUUGUCUUCUGUUCCGGGUCUGUUGUGAGCACGUUCACAGCACUGCAGUUUAGUGAUAUCCGGUUCACGAACGAAUCACUCGAUGUAACCGGAUCUUCUUGAACCAGUUCACCAAAUCGAACUGAAUCGUUUGAAACGGUUUGCAUCUCCAAUAAGCAUUAAUCGACAAAUUACUUAAGCUGUGAACUUUUUUAACGUUUAACUGCUGUUAAGAGAGAACUGAAGAUGAACACAGAGCCGAGCCAGAUAACGAACGAAAGAUUGACUCGUUCUCGAGUCAAGAACCGGUUGCAUCGGUUUUCGGAUCACCAGUAGUGAUGGGAAGUUCGGUUCUUUUCCACAAACCGGUUCUUUCGGACAGUUCACUGGUUCUUUUGUGCUCAACGUAAUGACGUCAUUGGCGAUGAUUGCCCUUCAUUCAAGCCUUCGGUUUACCCACGCUCAUAACAUUAGCACAGAAUCAUUUCCGAAUCAAUCACCAAAAGAAUCAGUUCGGCUCAGACGCUCUGUGUGUCAGUCUGCUUCACGCUGAAUCACACAUGCGCAGUAUCAUCAGCUCCUCGGUUCUUGAAUCAGACACGUCUGACAGAAA